AGUUCAUACCUCUACCUAAGGUAUAUGCAACCAAAUGCAGACAAGCUUAUAUCAACAUCAGCACUACAGCUACAGUACAAUACAAUACACGGUUGAUGCGUUAGGAGGUAGGUUAUACUUAUAGAAGUUAAACUAUAUUAACCUUCCACCUCUCUUCUAACUCACGAUAUCCAAGUUGAUAAACCAAAAGUUGUAUAAUAAAUAUAAAUAUGCUCUUAGCCGUCCAGGAUGUUAUUAAGUAGUAGGGUACGAGCUGGCACUCCCGCAAAUCUCAGUCUUAUCACUGGAACCCUCACUCGAGGGGUCCGUCAUCGUCGGUCUCUUCAUCUAGCUCCACCUUUCCUCUUAGAGGACUAUACUCCCCGGUACCAGCUGCUAUCGGAGGCCGACGCCGCUAAGAAGCGCGAGCUCGCCCGCGCGCACCUCCAAAAUUGUAACCUCUGCCCUCGGCUGUGCGGUGUCAACCGGUACAAAACCACGGGCAUGUGUCUCAUCGGAAAGAACGUCAAGGUCAACGUAAUCGCGCCCCAUUUCGGCGAAGAGCCUUGCAUACAAGGCCAUAACGGAAGCGGCUCCGUCUUCUUCUCCGGCUGCAAUCUCCGAUGCACGUUCUGCCAGAACCAUGACAUCGCGCACCAGCGGAAUGGGUUCGACCUGACGCCCGAGGAGCUGGCGCAGUGGUACCUGAAACUGCAGGACGUGGGCCACGUGCACAACAUCAACCUCAUCACGCCGGAGCAUGUGGUGCCGCAGGUAGCCCUAUCCAUCCUGCACGCGCGGGACCUCGGGCUCAAGAUCCCCAUCGUGUACAACACGUCGGCGUUCGACUCGCUCGCCUCGCUCGAGCUCAUGGACGGGCUCGUCGACAUCUACCUGCCGGACUUCAAGGUGUGGAGCAAGGCGACGUCCCAGCGGCUGCUCAAGGCCGAGGACUACGCGAAGACCGCCGCCGAGAGCGUCAAGGCCAUGCACGCGCAGGUGGGGGACUUGUGCUUCACGGGCGACGGCAUAGCGAAAAGGGGCGUGCUGGUCAGGCAUCUCGUCAUGCCGGGCAAGGAGGCGGAGGGCGAGCAGAUCAUGAGGUUCCUCGCCCAGAACGUGUCGCGCGACAUCUUCGUCAAUAUCAUGGAGCAGUAUCGACCUGAUGCUCACGUGGGGAAGCCGAAGAGAAGAACAAGUAAGAAGGGAACUGCUGAAGAAGGAAACCGGGAGGAGAAGGAGGAGGAGGAGGUUAGGUAUGCGGACAUCAAUCGUCCUGUUACCAAGGAAGAGGUGUCUAUCGUGAGGAACGCCGCGGAGGCUGUGGGAUUGUGGCGCUUUUGCGAUCCCCCUCGGCAUGAUGGAUUUGCCAUAUGAUGACUUUCACAAGGGGGUCUCUGAAUGAAUGGUAUCCAGAAUGCAAGUUUAGCACUAUGGAAGAUAUCUUACCUAUUCCAGAAUAUUUCUCAUUGUUCAUACGAAAUAAUUCAUAUGAGCCAAGUCUCAACGGUGUUUAAGUUCUACAAUACUUAGGGUUUCACGGUGCAAGAUAAAAAUCUUUUGUUGCUAUUUUAUGUGAAUAUAUGUAUAUUCUAAGUGCUUCAUUCUGCAGCAUAUAUCCAGUACCAAGGCACCUAUCUACUCCAUGGAUCUAUGGAAACUCUAGCUAGACCUGGAACUAUAUUUCACUUUGUAUUUAUAUUAUUGUCGUGAAAUCGGAACAUCCUAGAGAUCGGUUUCUUCUUGGACUCUUUCUACUUAUUUGAUUGUAUCGGCAAAUCUUUGUUUUGCCUAUUCUACUAGUUAGACGGUUUAAUCUGAUAUACAAAUAGCUUCGUUCCUCC